CCGCUUUGGUGAAAGAGCGGACGCGUUUACGGCUGCGCAAAAGGUGGUAAAAAGCGAACGUUGAAAAUCGACAAGAAUUGGUGCAGUCAAAGCCAAAGUGUUGAAAAAUUCAACUAAUUUUAAUUAAUCGCUUAGUGUCGUGCAAUUCGCUCACAUAUGCUCUCGCGAUAAAUUCAAGGUCCAUCAUUCUUUACCCUUAAUUGUAGAGCGGACGAAACGCGUUCUUUGUGUUUGUAUUUUGUGUUGGCCACUGAUAUUUACACGCUUGUAUGUGUGUAGGCAACAGUCUACUUGCCAGCGUAGAAAGUGUUGCGCUCAUUAGGCGCUUCUUUGUGUAAAAUCAACAAAGCAAUUCUUUCCGAUCUCCGCUAAACUUCUUUUUUUCAAUUGAAGUCACAGUCGAAGCAUUUAACAAAAACAACAAAUAUCUUAAAAAUACAAACAAACUGCGAAAAAGCCAACUCUUUGUAAAAGUACACAAAAAUUGUUGGAAAUUUCUGUUCCCAGCUGUGAUCGCACCUUUGGCCGAGGGUAAAGAUGCGCUUUCGUUCCAGAACCGCAUUAUUGCUGCCCAGCUGCUGGCGACCGUCAAUAAAGAGCGCCAACAACAAAGCUGGUUACAACAUUCUGCUUGUUGUCCUCCUGCUGCAGGUGCUAAUAGCCGCUGCUGCAGCCGGUGCCGUCACAGCCAGCGCUGGCGGAACGAAAGGAUUACAGCGCAUGCGGGCAGCGAAGGUAGCGCACGUUCAUGGCCUGCAGGCAGUGCCGGAGAGCUUAAGCAUCAACAAGUCGCUGACAAAGGACAAGCAAAGCCGAUACAUCGACGACAGCAAUCACUUGGCUGGCAAAUACGAGAUACGAAGUGUUUCGGGUGAGCCCAAUUACAAAUCCGUUAAUCUAACCUGGGAGGUGGAAUUCGUGCCCUCCGCCGAUUUGACAACACCGACGACCGCCGAUAUUGAUGCUAUCACCAACAGCAGCGCCGAAGUGGAACCGCCGAAAGCGUUUCAGAUUUUCUUUUGUGAAUUACAGUCAUUUGGACCGCAUCGUUGUCGCUCCAAAUUAGUGAACGAAACUCAACAGCUGGAACCAAACGGUAACGACGACGACAACAAUCACAGCAACAACCAUAAAGUCAGCAACAAGAACAAUAAUGUGGAAGACGAACAGGCGAAAAGCAGCCGGCAGUUACGGCAUUACGCGGUGCAGAUCGAAAAUCUCCGCAUGGCCACCAAAUACAGCUUCCACAUCCGACCGCAGGCGAAGCGCAGAAAUAUGAAAAUCACUGGGCGCUCAGAGCUUUUCGGCAACGAAAUCGACGACGAAGCGAAGGGCGUGCCGCUUGAUGGCGGCCAAACUAUCAUUAUACCAACGAAAGGAUUUGCUGCACAAGCCACAAAGUGCUUGCCACAAGCCUCUGAGAUCGAAGUGGAAACCGGUCCAUACUUUGGUGGGAAGAUUGUUGUCGAUGGCGGCAACUGUGGCAUAAAGGGUGACCAGAAUGAUCCCACCGAUCGUUAUACGAUGCGAAUCGAUCACAAAAUGUGCGGCAGUUUGGUGAAGCCGGAAACAAAUACGGUUGAAACGUUUAUAACGGUACAGGAGAAGUUGGGCAUCUACACACACAGCACACGAAGGUUCGUCGUGGUUUGCAGCUUCCAAUCGGGCAUGCAGACGGUGCGCGCCAGUUUUACCGUACCCGGAAGUGACGGUGUGGCCGCCGCAGUUGAAAAUGAUCCCUUCGAGCCGGACGAUCGGCUGGGCCGAGAACAGCGCUAUAUGCGCUUUGUGGAUAAGAGUGCACUAGUUUUGAAGGAGCAUGUGCCCAUGGAACCUAUAGCGCCCGCAGCGCGCACGCAAAGUUUGGAAUCUGACGAAAGCAUUGCGUUGGUCCAAGAGGUAACCGAGGCUGCCAACGUCAGUUCAGAGCGCAGCGUAGCUAACGUGCUGCAGACCGUCGACAGCAGUGACGUGCCGAACAGUGUGGCCUUGUUGGAGGACAUUGUGCCCGGCGUUAAUGAGCAGCAUAUCAAGCACGAAAAUGUAAUGCUGAAGCUGCAGGAAGUUGACGAACAGCAUGAGCACGAUGCCGCUCCUACAGUGCCGGUGAUGGCGGCACGUGCGGCCAAGUACGCGAAACUGGUGCGCGAGCAGGCGGUCGCCAAUUUGCUGGCAGAUGAGGCGAACACCAGCGGCACAAUGAGUGUGGAGCAGUGGUAUCACUUGCACAAUACAGUCGAGGGAAGAGGUUUUGCCACAACUUUGGAGCGCAUUUCGUCGAAUGCCGGCAGUAUUAUCAUCACUGUUUCGCUGUGUGUGAUAGUUUUGGGCAUCUUCGUGUUUGUCGUGUUUCGUGAGGCGCGUCGUCAGCGCUACAUUCGCAGUAACAUUAAAAUGCAGCAGCUGCACUCGUCACGCGCCUCAUCGUCUACAUCGCUGUCAGCCAGCAAGCCGCAACCAGGGAAGCGAACAAUGCCACGUGCUCUGCAGGCUCAGCUUCCACAGGGGUCCAUGUAGGAGCACUAGGGUGGGUCCAGCAAUUUAAAUAAAGACCGGACUGAAGGUGUUGCAAAUAGUACCAUAGUUCUUAAUGAGAUUAGAUUAGUUGAAUAGCGUAUAUGAGAGGAAAUAUUUUAUGGAUACAUAAUAUAUCUACGUAUGUAUUAAUUAGAGAAAUAAGAAGUUGCACACGAACCCGUGAAACCGUUUACCUAACUCCAGCUAUGGUCACUCGUCUUGUUAAAUGGCAAAAUAGCCGGACUAAUAAUACCGUUGCGGAUUUAACUCAAGGUGACUGAGCAUAGAUAUACAUUUU